ACCUUUUCCUUAAAACAUGACCUGUCUGAGGCUUUAUAAAAGGGGUCAGCACGACAGAAAGGCUACGAAGACUUGAAGACUCAACUGACAGAAUGCACCUGAUGAGAGCCAUAAAGCAGGGUCAGUGGGCUGUACUGCUCUGGCCCUAUCUGCUUAUCACGAGCAUCCCACUGGACUGCAGGGACGAGCAGGGCGGUCUCUCCCGCUGCCCCUCUAUCUCCCAGGAGAAACUCCUAGACCGAGUCAUCCAGCAUGCUGAGCUCAUCUACCGCGUCUCUGAAGAAUCGUGCUCUUUGUUUGAGGAGAUGUUCAUCCCAUUCCCACUGCAGCUUCAGAGGAACCAAGCUGGCUAUCCCUGCAUCACCAAAGCCUUACCCAUCCCCAGCUCCAAAAGUGAAAUCCAACAGAUAUCUGACAAAUGGCUGCUCCAUUCUGUGCUGAUGCUGGUCCAGUCUUGGAUCGAGCCUUUGGUCUACCUGCAGACCACAAUGAACCGCUACGAUGGAGUUCCUGACAUGCUGCUCAACAAGACCAAGUGGGUUUCUGAGAAACUGAUGAGUCUGGAGCAAGGUGUGGUGGUCCUCAUCAAGAAGAUGCUGGACGAGGGAAUGAUGACCACAACGUACAACGAACAAGGCCUUUUCCAAGACGACGGGCAGCCUGAGAUGCUGGAAUACGUUAUGAGAGACUAUACCUUGCUCAGCUGCUUCAAGAAAGAUGCCCACAAGAUGGAGAUUUUGCUCAAGCUUCUCAAGUGUCGACAGAAUGACAUACACAGCUGCGCAUAAAACCUUGAGUUCCGCUUUUGAAUACGUGUUGUUUAGCUUUGAAUUAAUUCCUGGAGUUGGUAGCUGUCCACUUAUAGAUAUGACCAUGCCUCAGGCGGUUCAGCCGCGCUCGCAAAGCAGUACAUUCUUUAUUGAUUGUUUUGGAGCACCUUCACACAAAAAUAAGUAGGUGUAAUGCUGUGCCCUCUCUUCAACCUACUGCAUUUUAUAUUUCCCUGCAUAGCUGUUAUUUUAACCUGGCAAAGGCAACAGAGGGCAAACUCCCAAAAGAUUAUUUGUGUGUCGAGCUGUCAAAAAAAUCUACAUAUCCUGCCAUUGAUUUCCAUUUCCUUUGUUCUUAACUGGAGUUUGUAUUCCUCGCUGGUUCUUGCAGUGUUUUGAUUAUUCCCACGGCCCCCAGAGUAUUCAGUGAGACUCCCUCUUUUAAAUGGAGCCGGUUUCACUUCUGCAUUAUUGAAAUGAAACACUUUCACUGGAGACGGGAGUCAAACAGAGAGCAAUCGCUACUUAAAAAAAAGAGACACAUUUUGAUUGGUGAAGGAGAGUGUGAGAGAGACAGCGAGGGGAACAAAUAGCACUUAA